AGGCAAAACACGAGAGAAUGUGAGGACUAGCCAGGCCGGGCUAGAGCGGAUCGCUUUCAAAGAGGAAAGAGUCUUCGAGAGAGGGAGACUGACUGUGAGAGGGAGAGAGCGCGUUGCCUGUGCAAAAACCUUUUGAUUUGGAGUUAAAAAAAAAAAAAAUCAUUCAAGAAGCCUGCAAUUGGUCAACAGCUUUAAAAAAAAAAACCUCUUCCGGGUUUUCAACGGUUCCAAGUUUAUUAUAUUUUUUUUUCUUGAUGCAAAAAAAGGGGGACAGCAAAUGAAGCAAUUCGUCUGAACAUUUUAAAGUUUCUCACGUACUCUUUUUACAUUGCAAUGGAUGAAUUUCAUCCUUUCAUUGAAGCACUUCUGCCCCACGUCCGAGCCUUCGCCUACACAUGGUUCAACCUGCAGGCUCGAAAAAGAAAAUACUUCAAGAAGCAUGAAAAGCGUAUGUCAAAAGAGGAGGAGAGAGCCGUGAAGGAUGAAUUGCUGAGUGAGAAACCUGAGGUCAAGCAGAAGUGGGCUUCUCGACUUCUGGCCAAGUUACGGAAAGAUAUCCGACCUGAGUACCGCGAGGAUUUUGUUCUUACAGUUACAGGGAAAAAACCUCCAUGCUGUGUUCUUUCCAACCCAGACCAGAAAGGCAAAAUGCGAAGAAUUGACUGCCUCCGCCAGGCAGACAAAGUGUGGAGGUUGGACCUUGUAAUGGUGAUCUUGUUUAAGGGUAUUCCGCUGGAAAGUACUGAUGGUGAGCGCCUUGUAAAGUCUCCACAGUGCUCUAAUCCAGGGCUCUGUGUCCAGCCCCAUCACAUAGGGGUUUCUGUUAAGGAACUUGAUUUAUACUUGGCGUACUUUGUACAUGCAGCAGAUUCCAGUCAGUCUGAAAGUCCCAGCCAGCCAAGUGAUACUGACAUUAAGGACCAGCCAGAAAAUGGACAUUUGGGCUUCCAGGACAGUUUUGUCACAUCGGGUGUUUUCAGCGUGACUGAGCUAGUAAGAGUGUCACAAACACCAAUAGCUGCAGGAACCGGCCCCAACUUUUCUCUCUCAGAUUUGGAAAGUUCUUCAUAUUACAGCAUGAGUCCAGGAGCAAUGAGGAGGUCUUUACCCAGUACAUCCUCUACCAGCUCCACAAAGCGCCUCAAGUCUGUGGAGGAUGAAAUGGACAGUCCCGGUGAGGAACCAUUUUACACAGGCCAGGGGCGCUCUCCAGGGAGUGGCAGUCAGUCCAGUGGAUGGCAUGAAGUGGAGCCAGGCAUGCCAUCUCCAACCACCCUGAAGAAGUCGGAGAAGUCUGGUUUCAGCAGCCCCUCCCCUUCGCAGACCUCUUCCCUGGGAACGGCCUUCACCCAGCAUCACCGACCUGUCAUUACAGGACCCAGAGCAAGUCCACACGCGACACCAUCGACUCUCCACUUUCCGACAUCACCCAUCAUUCAGCAGCCUGGGCCUUACUUCUCACACCCAGCCAUCCGUUACCACCCUCAGGAGACGCUGAAAGAGUUUGUCCAACUUGUCUGCCCUGAUGCUGGUCAGCAGGCUGGACAGGUGGGGUUCCUCAAUCCCAAUGGGAGCAGUCAAGGCAAGGUGCACAACCCAUUCCUACCCACCCCAAUGUUGCCACCACCACCGCCACCACCGAUGGCCAGGCCUGUGCCUCUCCCUGUGCCAGACACAAAGCCUCCAACCACGUCAACAGAAGGAGGUGCUGCCUCCCCCACCUCACCAACCUACUCGACACCCAGCACCUCCCCCGCAAACCGAUUCGUCAGUGUUGGACCACGGGAUCCAAGCUUUGUAAAUAUCCCUCAACAGACACAGUCCUGGUACCUGGGAUAAAAGCAACCCACCAUCCACCAGACAGACCACCUGACCCCUUCUCAACUCUGUAACAUGGACGCAACCUCAGCCCAGAGUGGUUACAGCCUCACUAUCAGCGGAAGGGGAGAAAAACCAACGCAAAUCAACUUGGACAUGGAAACAGCAAGCAUUAUGGUCAAACAGCAAAGGCCAUAACCUUUCGGGAUUUAAAAAAAAAUAUAUUUUAGGGACUGUUGUAAUUUCUCAUAUGGUGCUGGAAAGGGUUGGGCUGUGUAACAGUUGGAAUGUUCCCGCGGUGGCGUGAGCACCAGGUCACGUGGCUGGCUGGCAGAGGAUUACCCCUGCUCACUGACUUCCAACACACUUCCCUUGCGGAGCCUGGCCUUUUCUCAGUAUUUCAUGAAUUUGCCCACACAGGUGUGCACCUCCUUGAGCAUUUGGGAGGCAUUUAGAGGACUAAAUCUUUUGUAGUAGCUGAGAUCUGCAAUCUAUAACUUACGGGACAGUCAAGGGGCAAUGUUUUUUUCUGUAGCAUAUUGGAAAAAGAAAAUGCAGUUAGGUUUCUUUCUUUUCUUUUCUUUUUUCUUUUUUUUUUUUUUACAUUUUGGUUCGGUUUGGUUCAGCAGUCAGCAAUUAAGUAUGUAACAUGGCCCGCAAGGACAAUGAGUGCAUUCACGUUGCAGAACAAUUCCGAAAAUGGCAAACGACUACUACUAUUCAGUUUUUUAAAAGUUUUGAAAUGCUGCACUUACAUUAAAAAAAAAAAAACAUUUGUUCAACAAUUUCAACAAUGACACAAAAAUUCACGUGGAAAUGGGGAAGAUGGUCUGUUUUGACAGAAACUGACAGGAAUCAAUCAAAACAAUCGAAUUUUGAAUUGAGUAAAGUGCAAUUUCAUUGGAUAGCUAAAUAUCUUUGUAAGAUAGAGAUUGUUGAAAAUUCUAUUUUUGUUUUUCAAGUCCUUACACCCCAGGACUCUAAAUUAUUGGGGUAAAAAAAACAGCCUUGCAAGAAAAAGGGGAGCUAUUUUUGCUUUUUAUGUUUUUUAUUGUUAAACUUGUAUCCCUUUAAGCUGAAGGAAAUUUAAAAAACAAAAAAAAAAAAACAAAAAAACCAAAUCUAAUGGUGCUUUUACCAUAAUAUGUUAACUACAUUAAAUGCUAAUUAAUUAUUUUCUGUUAUCAAAGCACAUAACUAAAAUGAAAUCAUGGUAUCUAUUAAUUUUAUAAGCUAGAAGUCACUAUGAUAACUAUGCCAAUUCUGAAAGUUUUUUAUGUGUAUCUGACAAUACCAGAUUUAUCAGUUAUCAGACACUUCAUUGUACCAGAGAUUGUCCAGAAGUUUUAAAGACCUUUACAACCCUGAACUGGGCUAUGGGAAAAUAAUAACAAAGCUAAUACUGACACAAAUGCUAGCACCCGUUCAGAUCAAGGGUACUCGUUAAGGAAAAACAAACAAACAAAAAAAACAAAGUUUGCACCCCCAAAUGUCUUGUAUCUUAUGUUUAAAAAAAGACAAAAAAAAAAAGCAGAAACAAAAACAAAAAAAAAAUGCUAGUGAUUUUUUUUCUCCCAGACAGCGAAGCACCCCUUUGCUUCCCAUGCAAGUUCAAAAAGGUUUCCUAUACUAUACAUAUAUAUACAUUCUGGUUGGCAGGCCCUGCUGAUCAGAAGAAGUCUCUGCAUGUUCUAGUGAUAGUAACUAAUUUUUAUAUAGUUAAUGUAGGAUAAAGUAGAGUGCAUUAAGACACAAUAUUGUAAUCCCUCCUUCUAGGCACUUGCCUUUAAACUAUGUUUUUCAGCCCUUCAGAAGGGCUCUACUACUGUCCUUUACAAUCAAGUAACUGAAAUUCUAGGGAAGACACUUUGCUCCUCAUCAUUCCCCCCCAAAACAAUGUUUUGUUUUUGUUUUUUUUCCUUAAUUUGCACGAAAACAAAAAUUGCAUAUCAAUGUGCCUUGCCCUGGAUAGCGAUUAUUUGUGGAUUCCUUGCACAUGCUCCUCGGUUGAAGGGGUUUUCCCUAGUCAAGCAUUUGGAGACACUUUUUGUAAAUGUGACUUUUACGUCAGCCCUUGUCAGUUUCAACAUCUAGAACUAAAUAGAAAGAUAGUUGUUCACAGAUGGAGUAGUCUCUAUUGUCCUGUGGUCAGGGGCAGUGCUAUUCUGAGAUCUGUAGAUGCUUAUAAUAUCAGUAUUUUGGAUGUUGCUGCAUUUUACAAUUUAUUUGGAGUCUUCCUUUAUUUUUUCCCCAAGAUAUAUGAAAAUAUGCAAUACCUGCUUAUAUCAUGUAGAAAAGCUUAGCAAUUAUUAAUUUUUCUUUACUUUUUUUUUAUUUGACCAAAGUCGGUGCUGCACUUGACGCAGUGUUUGAGGUGUUUGUCUUUGUACUUUCUGUGGUUUGGAUGCGCACGCAGGAAGGGCUCCUCAUAGAGAAGCAGUCAAACUGUGAAGCACUAAGCUAACCCUGCUUCAAGCAAUUUUGUUUUUACAACCGUUCCUUUCACAAGCAAGCCUUAAAAAAAAGACAACUUCCUUUUUCUUCAGCUCCCACACCCCAUUUUUCUUAGCAGACGGCAGUCAAUCCACAUUCAAUAAAAAGUAUAUAAUGCCCAUUUUUAUAUGCACGUUUUUAAACUUCCAAGUUCUGAAAAUUGUUUACUGGUUAUCUCUAUUUAAGGAAAAAAAAUAAAAUAAAACCUUUUGGAUUUUCAUAUGUGUCUGAUAAGUGGUUGAGUAGUCGUGGGCGCUGUUGUACGGUGUGAUGGUCAGUGUGCGGUGUCACUUCCUGUAGCCAGCAUACUUUGCCUUCCCCAUAGCACUUAGCUGGGCAUUACUUUAUUAUGACAUAUGUGCACUAAAAUAAAAAUAAAAAAGGAAAAAAAAAAAGAAAGAGAAAAUCGCAGCAUUCAGUGCUUCACAGUGAAGGGAAAAAGCCUAGACAAACAUUUUGUCAGAACCUUGCAAUAAGCCAAGGUAUUACCAGUAAAUUGGUUGUAUAUACAAUAAAAUUGCACCCUUUUUUAAAAACAAAACAAACUAAGCAAUAGUUUGGGCAGUUUUAGUUGUUUUUAGUAAGCAUGUUGUAGUCAUGACUGCAAAGAGAGAGAAUCAACUGCCCACUCAGAAGACAUGUAAUUUGUAUUGUUGUAUAGUUUUAUUGAUUACACUGAUUUAUUCUACCCUAUUUUAUAAUGCAGGACUUUUGUAAUGUUGUUUAAAUGAGGAAAAUUUUCUGUCAAAUUAGCCUAGUGAAAUUUCUGAUUGUUCAAUAUAAAGGCAGAGUUCAUAGAAUUGCUCCCCCCUUCCCACACACACCCCCUCCUACCCUGUUUUGGGAACUGAAUUUAAAUUGAAAACUCUCCUGUUGCCUUUUAUGUUGUAAGUAUUUAAAAACAAUUGUUGUUUUCUGUCAAUGGUAUAGCAUAUUCCUAUGCUUCCGAAGUAUAGGUCUACUGAAAAACCAUUGUAAAUGGAUGUUCCAGGUAUGCUGCAUUUUUGAGGGUAUUUUGUUGUAUUGUAUGAUGAUGCUAAAAUUAGGAAACUGAACAGAUUUGUAGGAAAAAAAUGUUUUAAAGGCUUUAAAACAUUAGGAAGCAGUCUAGGGAUCUCACACAGGAGUUAAGUAUUAAAUACACUAAGUUUGAUUCAUGUUUCAUUAUCCAAAAAGCAGCAGGAACUGUAGUUCAGUCUUAAGCAGGAAGAAAGAAACACCACCCAUCUGAGUAUUUUGCUAUUUAGGUUAAAUGCUGAGCGAAGGUGUUUGAGAAAGAUUUUGCUAUGACGUGUAUGACAGACUAAGAGCUAUCAGUACUUAAAGGCCCAGCCUUGACUCUGAAACACAUUGAUUGGACAUGUUCUCUCCUGUCAAAUGACAUUAACACAAUUGGCAAAAGUGGCUCCUCAAAUGACUCCCUGAGUUUUUUCUUUGGGAAGUGAAGUUCGAGGUACAAACACUAAUUCUUAGCAUCUUCCAAUAAACAUUUCUUUUCUAGGCCCAUCUCCUUUAACCAUGAGGCUUCUUUUCUGAUCCUUCCUGGGCAGAGGCCCAGUCCCUUGUGACACUCUCCACCCUCCAGCCUUUCUCUCCCUCUAACAUUCAUGUCUACCCCCUGGCAUGACAUUUCUGAUCUGCUCAUUCCCCACCUGGAGCCACCAUCCAGACAGGCUCCCAGGAGGCCCACCAGCCUGCACUCCUCCAAGCCGGUGCUCAUCCUUUGCAGUCAGGCCAAGUGUAAAGGGCAGAAACUUUCCAGUCACCAUGUGGCAGUAUUCAUUCAGUCCUCAGAAAUAUGCAAAGCCAUCUCUAAAAGUGUCUCACUUUUUCAAACCUUUGCCCUCACAGGCUUGGAACCCUGUAGUGAUGAUAUUACGAGGUAUUUACAAAACCUGUAUGAAGGAAAACAUUUUUCCCCUGUGAUUUAUUUUUAGGGGGAGGAGUUUCUGCAAAUAUCAUUUAAAGUACUCUGCAUCUCAUUUCUAGAUCUCUUUUUCUCCCUCCAUCCCUCCUUCUAUCUCUGGAUGUCUCUGUCUCUCUGGCUUUUGUUCACUUCUUUUUCCUCUCUUUCUUGUUUUUGAUAGCAGGCCUCCAUAGGCUAGGUAUGAAACACUAGACACAUAGUCAUGUAAGAAGAGCUUUGGUAGUUCUUCCCAGCCCACCGGCCAGACCAUUCUAAACAGUCCCAGAAGCUGCUCUGCCCCUCGGGCAUGGCUUUAUUCCGAGGCCAUUUUUGUCUUGAAGUCAAUGCAUGUACUUACUACUGUCUGACAGUGAACCUGCUCUGCCUUCUCCACGUCCAAGGCUGCGCAUUUGUCUAAUUAGUCUCAUGUAUGUUUCCCCUUUAUUUUUUCCAAUAAAGAAGCAGUGGGAUGAAAAUUGCUUUGAUAUAUAGCAGGUAUAUUGAAGCUAUUCCAUAGCACUUAACUGUAGUGAAUACUGUGUCACCAAUUCUAAAAUCAAUUUAAUGUUUAAUGCAAAUCCAUUACAUGGUGCUAUUACAGGCUGACAAAAUGAUUUACACAAAUGUGACAACUUGGGCUCGAUUCACUCUGCUUCCCAACAGUGUAAUCGCAUAGCAGUGUUUAUCUGCAUGAGAACUAUGCACUAAUCUAUCCGAAGGAAAAAGAAAAAAACUAUAUCAACUUUGGUAUCUACUUUCCGUUUACUUCAAUCCUUGCCUUUUUGGUCAUUGUUAUAAUGCCAGCUUUAGGACAGAAAGAAUUAUAAGAAAACCAGCAUAAUACCUGAUAUAUUAAAAUGUAGUGCCUGUGAAUCUGUAUUAUAUUGCUCUUCUAAAGUAAGAUAUUUUCUACACCGGUAGCCUUCGCUGUCUGUCAGUCAGGACCUCUGGUAUAGGUGAUGUAAAAUAACCGUACAAUAUUAUGCAUGCUAUUCCAUAAUGCUUAGUGAACUGUAUGAAUAUUACUCAACGUUAUGUUAGUCUUUCUUUCUGACUCUGUUCUUGUCAGCUAGGUUCAAAGGUAUUUCACUGAGAACGCAAAUUCUGUCUUUUCUUAACUUCAGCUGUUUUCAGUAUUUUGGAGGUAUACAUUUACUUAAAUUCAGUAUUACUGUGUUUUUUGUUUUUGUUUUCUUUCUCCUAAGGGACAAGCAUGGGUGUUUGAUUUCAAAAAUCAGUAUCUGGCAAGAUUGUUGUCUCAAAACUAUCAUUUGAACUUCAAGAAGUCUGCCAUAAAGCCAACCUUGAGAGCUUUUCCAAGUGAGAGACAUUUCCUUGGCCUCAGCGGAAGCUGGGCUGAUAUGGAAGCACCUUCCUAACAGUGUUCGCCAGGUACUCAUACUUCAUCCGCCUUCACACCAGACCUCUUGAGAUUAAAAAGAAAAAAGAAAAAAACUUUACAAAAUCACAUGGCUAUUUAGUUUCAUGCACAGAUGCAAUAUUUUCUUCAAAAAUCUAACUGUACAAACUUUGGGCCUGAUUCAUAAGAAAAAGAAGUUUGCUAUUAACACGGGAUUUUAAAAUGUACUUUCUUUUUACCUAAAUUUGAAAUUACUUCCCAAAUUGAAUAAACUUCAUCUGAUUUUCCCUGAACAAGAACCCUUCUGCCUUUUAUUCCCUAAAGGGUUACAUUAAACAGAUUAUAGGAAUAGGAUACAGGGAGCAGAUCCCAGCAGGUCUCAAAAAGAUAAAGAGAACCCCCAGAACAGGGAGACAGCACACAGGGUGUCCUACAUUCCAGGUAGCCCAAAUUUCACAUAUGGACUCAUUGUGCUGUUGGGUUCAAAAGCCAAACUUUCCAAAAUGUGCCUGUAACCUAAGAGUGUACAGUGGAAGUGCUCCCUUUAAUCUAACCUGACUACAUUCAUGGUAGAAAACAGCCCAGAUUUGUAAAUGUGAAUUCUCGUGUCUCUACUGUGGCUUAAAAGGCAAGGAGUAUGUGAUGAGUAGGGUCGGGCUGCUGCUCCUGUUGUUGAUGCUUCACUUCUCAAAAUGCCUAGCUUUUUAAAAUUCAACUGUUAUUUGUAUCACUCAUAUUUCUUACUACUUUUUGGAGUAGUGGUCUUUAAAUUUGCUUUUAUUAUUAUUUUCCCUUUAACAUCUCAACCAAAGGUCUUAGGCCACUGACUGAUUUUAGAUGGAAGUGUGAGGGAGCUGCCAGCUCCACUCUUUCUCACUGAUUAGUCUCAGACCAUUGUUUCUGCACUGCGAAGGCUUUUGGUAGCCUCACCACUGAGAUGCCAACUAGACUAGACUAGGAGCACCAUCAGGUUCUGGAAGAUUUUUAAAGACUGUCAAGCCAAGUCCAUGGUCCCUUCUCCACCAUUACCAUGUCCUAUCUCCCAAUGAGUUCAGUGGGGACCUUUCCUACUACACGUGGAAAUUUCCCAGAAUACCUCUGAUUUUCAUUUCAAAUUGUGGAGGAAGGGAUCAAAUGCCUCCAGUGAUGGCAAAAGAUAUCUAUUGUGAAACUAAAUACCCGUGUUAAUAAUGGUCUGAAAUAUGUGUGAUGAUCCGGCCCCCUGUGCCUCUAGCAUACUUGUUUUGACUUUCAUAGUUUACUUUAGGUUACUGUGUUCUGUGAAGAUUUGUAAUUGGUUGAGAAUCACUGUGGGCAUCCAUUCUUAUACAACUAAAUCUCCACAGGUUUUGAGCUGGUGUGGAUUAGUUUAACUCUUGUAUUCAACCGUUAGUGCUACCACCUUCUCACAUUACAAUACAAUUACUGGAAGCAAGUACUGCAUUUCCUAUGCAACAAAAAAAGGAAAAAUAAAAAUUGCUAAUGCUA